AGAGAGAGAGAGAGAGCUUUACCGCAGUAUCACUACAUUUCUGCAUCACUCAUCAAAACUCUGCGGCAUGCUAACUAGAUCUGGGGGAGGGCAGAUACCGGUUUUGUGCUGAGUGUAGUGUCAACACCACCGUCGUUUAGUAUACAUUGACUGUAAUUAGAUACAGUAGCACGGAGCCGCCGGAUUGUUCAUCCUUUUCUUUCAAACAGCUCGUCAUUUGUGCGCUCGAUAACGACUUUCUGCAGCCUAUCUGAGUAAGAUAUUUAACAUCUCACCAAAACGCCUAUUACAUUAGGUUAUAACGCCCGGUAACAGUCCGUGGAUUAAAGAAAUCUAGCAAAAUGUCAAAGGAUGCUGAGAAGAGCACUUGGAAGGACUUCAUAUGGAACUCCAGGACGCGAGAAUUUUGUGGCAGGACAGGGAGCAGCUGGGGUGAGUCUUCUACCUAGUAAUGGUCGCCUGCAGCAAUGCAGCACAGAUGGCCCCUCUACCUCUAACACAGGGAUGGGCAACUCCAGUCCUCGGGGACCGGAGUGGUGUCACACUUUCCCCCCCAUCCCUAGCAAACACAGCUGAUUAAACUAAUUGCACUCUAAACUGAAUAUGAUUAGUUGAUUAUUGAAGUCAGGUGUGUUAGCUGGGGCUGGGGCAAAAGUGUGACACCAGUCAGGCCCCGGAGGACUGGAGUUGCGCAUCCCUGCAAAAUAGCAGGUCCGCAGCACCUUCUAGUUAGCUGCAGGCUUCACAAUGAUGUCAUGAGCACCCUUUAAUUGUGCUGCUUGAAUACUUAUUAAUGCGUAAAGAGUAAAUGAAUGUGACCAGGCAGAAAUGUAAAAUGUGUGUAGGCUGGCCUAGCCUACAAAGUGUAGCAUUCAAUGCGCAAUUUGAAGCCGCUGCCUCACCCCAGCGAUCACUUAAUGAGAUUGGUCGCUGUCCAGUGCAAGGCGGUGCUGACAUUCAAAUGCGGCAUUAUGUGUGGAUUGCCGGCAUUAUUCUCUUUCAUUUAUUCAUUUAUGCCACUUAGUUUUCCUGCGCAAUGCGUCUGGACAUAAGGGUGGAGGCAGUGCCAAUAUAUGAAAUUAAUAUGCCAGUGCACACCAUUUUAAUACUAUUCUCUGCUGUAGCCUACUUUUUAAAGGCUACAGUAGGCCUCUUUAUAUUUAAUUAUCUUUACUUAAUCUGUCUUCUGGCGCAGAGCACCCCUUCCUGAGAUGUGAGGGCCAGUUGUUACUUCAAAUAGCGUCAGAAUUGAUUAGCCUGACCUGUUAUUAACUUGAAUAGGCUUUACAAAACGCAAAUGUAGUGGAUUUGCGGCAUUCAGUUCAACUAUAGGCUAUUUGCAAUCAAUGUUACAAUGCAGGUUUUGUUUCAAUGAAGAAUCAAAUUGAUAAGACUAAAGUUGUAUCAUCUGCUAAGUGUCAAGAUCAGCACGAUAAUCUGCACUGACAAGAUCUGAAAUAAGAUAUGGUAAUGUAGUCUAACAUCUGAGAUUUUAAGAGAUGACCACAACAUUAUAACUUGUGCACUUUUUCAACGCCCUUAAUAACCUGCAACUAUUUCAAAUGGCUCUUUUCUAAUGACAUUGAGGCGUUUUAAUCUGGUUAAAGCCGAGGGCCACAUUCUAUUUGCAUCACCUCCAACCCCCCAGCCCUCCCCUCUCUUAGUGUGAGUAAAUCAGUGCAGGAUUUAAUCCUAAUCUAAUGACUUCAUUGGCUGGCCAGCCGAGUAUCAAUUGUAGUUGUCCAAUCAAACUGUAUACAUUUCAGAACAUUCCCUUUAAUUGAUUACAUUUAAUGUAAAUGCAAUGAUUUGAGAUGUCACACACACACACACACACACACACACACACACACACACACACAUACCUAGCAUUUCACAUUUCCACAAGAAAUGGUGCCCUUGCUAAGAUAUUCAUGAAUGGAGAGAAAUGUAAGUCAUAGGCCUACUGAGUGGGGUGAUCACUGACUGUAGUUUCCUAUGCAGUAAUUUUCCCAGAAUGCACUCCUUCAUCCAGCUCAGUGUGUCCCAUAUGCUUUGAGGACUGGUGGCCUGGUUAAGCUGCGCUCUCUAAGGCUUGCUAAUUAGGCUAUUUCUGUAGUGAGCCAAAACGUGUAUAGCCUAUACAUGGUCCCUGAACAUAGUACAUCCUCAUUACCUGUCUGGGCCUAGGUGAUCUAGGUAUCCAGGUGCUAGUCUACAUGCAGCUUUCUUUUAAUCAGCCCUGACCUCCUCCACAGCCCACAGAACAAAGAUGGAGACAUAGAGGACCCACACCAAUCUGAUGCACACAGUACUCUAGCUAGUGUAAUGGACACUGUUUCCACUGAUAGCGCACACUGCUUAGAUUAGAUGGGGUAGAAAAUCAGCCUAAUCAGGGUGGCACUACUGUUCAUUGUGGAAAUGCAAGUGUGUUUGUGUGUGUGUGUGUGUGUGUGUGUGUUUGUGUAUGUGUGUGUGUGUGUGUGUGUGUUUGUGUGUGUGUGUCGCACAAUUAUGGAAAUAGUUCUUAGAUCCAUGGGCAAUUUCAAAAGUACAUGAAUAUUAAAACAGCCAUAGCACAUACAUAUUCUUUUAUCCUUACCACUUUUUCCAUUCAAAGCUUCUUGUUUGAUAACCCAGCUUCAAAACAGUGUCCACUGCGUUUGAACACUAUCCCAAUCAAACAAACAAAAAAGAAAAGAGACACCUUUUAAAAGGCGUCCAUGUUGCCAUUGUAGGAGGGAAAGCCCCGCCAUUUUGUUCUUUGCUUUCAACUCUCCCUGUGAUGGGGGGAUGAAAAGAGAGAGGCAGAGGAAGAAUGAAAGAGAGAGGGCAUGGUGAUGAGAGGUCAGGCAGGACAGCCAGUGAACUGGACACCCUCCUGGUGUGGCCAGGGGAAGGUGACCCUCUCUACACUCCUCUUGACCCUCUCUCUCGGUCUGCACACAACACCCAGUCUGUCUCCCCAUAGGGAUGGGUGGUAUCUGUGGUCACCAUGACGCCCCAUAAUGUUAGAUCAGAUAAAUAAUGUCAGGUCCCCCUCCCUGAUGAUAGUCCCUCCCGGCAUUGGUUGGACCAGAGCCAGGGCUAGACCCAGGGCUUGUACCGUAUCUGUGAUGACUCAGCAGGGUUUGUCCUUCCAACACACUAUGUACCACAGCUCCCUAUCUCUCUUCACCACAUCUCACCCUACCCCACAGGAUGCCGCUCUGCUCUCCUCUCAUCUUACGCUCCUCUCUAUAAGGUUACAUAUCUACGUAGAUCCCCUCACCCUGGGGACUGGCAGACAGACACACUUACACAUUCACUCUCACUCACCAAGAAGCUCUGGUGUUUGCAACUUUAUCCCAUGGAGGAGCUUCCUCUUGCUAUUUGGUUAUGGAUCCUUGUAAGCCUGGCUGCGCUGUGAGGCCCAUGGCUCCACACAGCUCUAGGCCUGCUGACAGAGGAAGCCCUCAUGGUGGUCUUUGACAGGGCCCAGGUGUGGAGCUCCACAAUGGGGCCCAUCUAGCAGAGACACAGCAGGCCUACACCCCAGGACUGGUCUCAGGUGACCAUGCUGAGAUGGCAGAGGAAGGGAAGGAGGGCUACUGAUAGGCUCAGUCAACUCACCUGUUUUAUUCAUUAUAUUUUACACUAAUUGUGUAUCUCACAUCCUGUAUGACCAUAUAAUGUUUAGCAGCUGAGGUGAUUUUAUGUUAUCAACCCAACAGAAUGGUUCAAUAGCUGCCCGUUCCCUUGGGCCCAAUGCUGAUAUGUUACCGUGUUGGUUUGGUCUCCAUACGGUUUGUGUCAGUGGGAUACUGUACAUGGCAGCUAAUCCCCUGACCCCCUGCCCUAAUCUCCAGGGGUCUUCUCUCCUCCUCCCCUGUCCCCUUCUGUCACCACUCCUCUCUCCUUCUAUUUUACCCUCCCCCUCAUCUCGGCUCUUUCCCUCAUUGUUAGUGUUACUUGAUAAUUAAUUUGGACAAAGACCAGACAUUCAAUCCUGGAUUAAUCAGCCUUGUUUAAGACUGGGGGGAGGACGUGUGUCUUUAUGUGCAGGUUGUGUGUUGUCGGUAGUGUGAGUUCAGACAUGUAUGGAGAAGUGUGCAUGUCCAAUUAAUGUUUCCAUAAAUAGAUAGAUAUUCAAUAUCCAUUAAACAUAUUUUUUUCUAGUUAUAAAAAUGUGUACUGUGUGUUUGAGAGAGAGAGAGGGCGAGAGAGAUAGAUAGAGAGAUAUAUAUACUAUAGAAGGAAGUAGAGGCUUCUAGUUUGAGGUAAAGAGGAUUACUCCUCACCUCCUGUAUCUUUUCACAUAUUUGAUCGUUGGCACGGUAUAGUGUGAUAAAUACAGAGAGAGUGGUAUAGUGUGAUAAAUACAGAGAGAGUGGUAUAGUGUGAUAAAUACAGAGAGAGUGGUAUAGUGUGAUAAAUACAGAGAGAGUGGUAUAGUGUGAUAAAUACAGAGAAAGUGACCAAAUAAUGACUUGGAUCAUAGACAACAUAGCACCUACUCUACAUUACCUUUUCACUUUUCAGCUUUUCAGGCUUUGUUAUAACAUAGGGCAAAUCAUAAAUGGCACCCUGUUCCGUAUAAGUGGGAAAUAUGGAAUGUCCAUAAUCUGACAUAACCCCACUGUAUAGGUAAUUGAGUGUCAUUUUGAGUAUAGCCCUAUUUUGUUGAAUGUUCCGUUUCCUAUGAUCUAGUAUGAUGUUAAUGCUGUAUCUGUGUGCUGGUUGUGUCUCCCUCCUCAGGCCUCAUCCUGCUGUUCUACCUAGUGUUCUACAUCUUCCUAGCAGGCAUGUUCUGCCUCACCAUGUACGUCAUGCUGCAGACCUUGGAUGACCAUAAACCCACCUGGCAGGACAGGCUUGGCACACCAGGUAUGAUGAACUAACACCCCAAUACCACAUUCUAAGAGGUUUUGAUACACUAAAACUUCAGAAUUCAAGGUAACAUUUUGACAAGUCUCUUCACAACUGCUACUGUAUAGCCAGGACCAGCCUUGAACAAUCACACAUAGUCUAGUAUCCAUGUGAUGUAGGCUAAAAGCCCUCCCCAUCUUCUCUCUCUCUGUUCUGCAGGCAUGAUGAUCAGACCCAGGGGAGAGGCGAUGGAGAUCAUCUAUAACACCCACAACACUGAGAGCUGGGACAUGUACGCCAAGACCCUGGACAACUUCCUCUCCCGUGAGUCUGUCUGUCUGUCAGCUUGUCUCUGCCUCUUUACCGCCACAUAAUUACAUUUCUAUUAUAGAAAACAACAUGGUGAAACUGUAUUUCUCUCCCAUCCAGCCUACAACAACUCUCUGCAGGCUGAGAAGAAUGAAGAGUGCACACCGGACCAGUACUUUGUUCAGGCAGACAGUGGUGAUGUGAAGAACAACCCCAAGCGCUCCUGCCAGUUCAACCGCACCUUUCUAGAAGAAUGCUCUGGCCUCGAUGACCAUACCUAUGGAUACCAGGCUGGCAAACCAUGCAUCAUCAUCAAGCUGAACCGGGUAUGGGAGAAGCAGAGAGUAGAGGGGGGCUGGGGAGGGAAGAACUUGUGGUGAUGCUAGGAGAUGAGUAAGGGAGAGGGGGAUGGAGCAGUCAUGUAAAUGGUUUGGAGCCUGGAAGAGAUCAUACCAAUUAAGUACAAACAAUGUUGGAAAUUUUUUAUAUUGUUAUAUUGACAAUCACAACAAUGAUCAGUUGAAUGGAUUCGCUUUAAGGAGGGAUGAAGUGGGGAUGGUGGUGGAACUCCCAGGUUAACGCAUGUCUGUCUGUCUGUCUGUAUUCUAGGUCAUUGGGAUGUUGCCAGGAAAGGAUGGCCAGGCUCCAUUUGUCACCUGUGGAGCGAAGGUGAGCCUCUCUCUCUUUCAGUCCUAAGAUCUAUAUCUAUCAGAGAGACUAUAUCUAUAAUCUAUUUAUUCUCUCUCUCUCUCUAUCUGGUCUCAGAUAUUGGUCUCUCAUGGUUCUAUGUCUCUUCUCUCUCUGGUAUCUCUAUUUCUCUGAGUACUCUAUCGAUCUCUCUCUCUUCUCUGGUAUCUCUCUCUAUCUCUCUCUCUCUCUCUCUCGUCGUCUCUCUCUACUCUCGGUCUCUCUCUCUGGUCUUCUAUCUGUCUUUCGUUCUCUCUCUCUCUCAUCUCUCUCUCUCUCUCUCUCUCUCUCCUCUCUCUUCUCUCUCUCUCUCUCUCUCUCUAUCUAUCUCUCUCUCUCUCUCAGAAUUAACCCAUCAUGUCUCUUGUUCUCAUCUAUGUCCCCCAUUACCUUCCUUUAUGUCUGUGUCUGUGUUGCAUGAUACAAUGUCAUUUCAUCAUUUCAUACCAUAUGUGUAUGUUGUUGUUGCUGUUCUCUUCUUUUCUUUUCUGUUACCAUCCAUUCUGUCCUUCCACUCUCAGAGGUACAAAGUUGGCAAAGAUGAAUGGGUAAGGGUGCCACUGUAGUGACUGUUGUGACAGAUAGAGAAGUAGAUAUGUUGUGUAUAGUUGCUAGUGCUACACUAGUACCCUCAUCUUUUUAUAUUCCAAGAUAUAGAGGUUCAAUAGCUUUAUUGCAUAGCAUAUACAGGUAGACUCAAUGGCUAAAGUAAAUGUAAAUAAAUAGUCUACUCUAAUUGUCAUGGUGUCCUUUCAAAGCUCAUCCACUUCUUCAGAUUGGGCAGUCUUUCCCUGCUCGCCCACACACUUCCGACAGAACAUGGUCUAACAUGCUCUAACUAAUGGCCUUGAUCCUCUGCCCCUGCAGAAAGAAGACUCUGAUAAGAUUGGAGAGGUGGCGUACUACCCUGAAAAUGGUACCUUCAACCUCAUGUACUACCCUUACUAUGGCAAGAAAGCUCAGGUGAGAAUCCUCCAAUACCAACCUGCCAACACUCAGAAAUCAUCACUUAUAAACCUCUGUUUUAUGGUUAGAUGAACUCAUCUUAGUGUUCCAAUGUCAUUUCUAAUGUUAUUACGCAUUAUUUUGCCUGUGCUUUCAACACGUUAUAGAUAAAUGUUGCUGAAAAAGAAUUCUGAAAGCUUCUGUAACAAUAUCUUUAAAAUGUUAACUACUCCCAGGUGAACUACUCCCAGCCGCUGGUUGCCAUCAAGUUCCUUAACAUGACCCUCAAUGAAGACAUCAACAUCGAGUGCAGGAUCAUCUCCAACAACAUUCCUCCUGGGAGUGAAAGAGACAAGUUUGCUGGGAAAGUGUCUUUCAAGCUGAGGAUCAACACUAAAAACUAAAUGUACAUUCUCUUUCUCUCGCUAACAUGCCCACCCACCUCUACCUUCUGUGCACAGGUACACACACACAUACAGGGACAGAUAACAGAAUUAACACCCUCCGUUUGACGAAUAGAACAUGUUUACAACUUCCAUUUACCCUAGAUUUCGGGCAUUGUAUGUCCAGUGGAGUGAUGAUGUCAGAAUGGUGGAGUAAAAGGGUGGUAAUUCUGUCUCUGUUUCUGUGUGUGAACUUUGAUUAUUUUCUGUAAAUUAGUUUGACGUGAAGUCUAUUUAUACUGCAUGACUAACUAGGGGAUAGAGUGGACAUAAACAUGUAUGAUUUCAAAGUUUGCAAGGAGAAGCAACGCCUCUUACCAGUUUAUUGUUGCUCCUUCAUUGCUGCCUCCCUAUAGAGUGCCCCUCUAUAUACGAAUAUACACAAAAUACAAUACAAAACGUGUAUAUCUAUUUAUAUAUCAUAAUCUUAUAUCAGUAUGUCUAUUUUGUUGCACUUAAAAAUUAUCCAACAGCUAAAACAUAUGAUGAAAAAACAUAUUUUUGUGGAUGAAUGCAGAGAUGGAGUCAUUUUGCAUGUGUGUAUUGUCUUUAGUGUGCUAAGAAGGUGGGAGGCCCCAUGUCUCAGCUCUCUGCUCUGCUAUGUGUGAAUUAUAAACAAGGCAAUGUUCAACUGCUGGCCACCAGGAGGGACCACACUGCACUCUGCAGUGAUCAUCCAAUUUAACCCAUAAGAAGAUAGCAUCUCCAACAUGGGGAGUUAUAGAGGUCAAGACCUUUGUCUGUGUAUGUGUGUGCGUGUGUAUGUUUGUAUGUAUGUGUGUGAGUAUGUACUGUAUGUUUGUUUGUUUGUAUGACCAAAUUCCAUUUGCAAGACAGAAUGCAUACUGUAGGUCGGGAAGUUGCAUAUGCAAUGUGCAAUAUUCAUUAAGAGUGACACAUCAUGCACAUUCUACACAUUAAACAGGACUAUUUUGUCAUAAACACUUGAAUUGCACAUAGUCAUAAAUCGGAUUAGGCUUCCAUAACAUCAAUUUACACUACGUUGUUACAUGGUUUAUGUUCACAGCUGUAUUCCUACAGCUCAAGGCGUAGGGCUAGUUUGUUUGUUCAUAGCUUUUUGCUUGUACAUCGCAUCUAUUGAUAUGCUCCUGUACAUAUCAGAAAGAGAUGCCAUUCUUCUAUUUUGUAUUGAUUUGCACUGGUUUGUGUUUUUCUUGUGAAGAGGAGAUGCUUAUGGUUCUGUGGAGAAGGAAAAAUAUAGAGAGAGUUUGUUUUGUUUCUACGUUUGUUUAAAUGUAUAUUCAAAAAUGUCGGACCAACUUCAUCAGUUGUACAUGACAUGUUACUGCUGUAAUAGUGCAUCUUAGUUUGAAGGCUGUCUCCAACCUCUCUGAGUACAUCGGCCAGAAUGUCUGGAAGGCUGGUUUGGUGAUAACGGUCAUUUGUUUGAUUUAUUUUUAUAUUGGUAGGAUUCUCUGCCAUUACAUUGCUUUAAAAAGGGUGCAACAGACCAACCAACCUUGUAGUUGGAGGCUGUACUAUAUCUAAAAGCACCUACAGUUGAGCAUGUGCAAGAGCAUUUAUGAACUUGCUCUAGCAUGAUGGUCAAUGUGCUGGCGCACAGAUGCCCUGGAUGUGCUGCUGACUUGGGGCUGGAUUCAAUCCGUAACGCUAAACUUCGGCAAUACUUAUUGAAUCCAGCCCUUGAUUAGGUACACCUAAUGAGAAAAGCCCAUCUAUCAGUUGAGGAAUCUGUGGAUCUGAGCGAGUGCUGCUGAACCUUGGCUGUGACAUUGUGGCAAUGUGACUCUGAUCCUGCUACGACGUCAUAGCGACACUUUUAGAACACUAGCAUCUGUUCACUCAGUUUAAGGGUUGGGUUGACUUUUAGGGCCUGUUCUUCUCUCAGUCAGUAUAAGGUGUAUAUCAAUACAUUCUCCUUCAUUUUGGUUGAAGUUGCGCCUCAGUAAUAUCAUCAUCGUCAAGACUUGACAGUGUAAUAAUAAUCAUUAUAUAAAUAAUCGGUUUUGUUUGAUAGCUGUAUAAUACACGUUGAUGAUUGACUGAACAAAGUCAAUUCACUCCAAGCUGAACAUGCAUGUUGCAUGUGGCCUACCAAUAGUCUUUGUUUUUGACAUUGUGAAACAAUGGAGUGAACAGUGCUACUUCCUCGUUAGCAUUCCUGCUCCACUCAGUCUGCUUCGCAUGCUGAGAUUUCACUGUAAUCUCUUAAUCUGGUCAGAUAAUCCAGAGCAGGUACUCUACUUUAUCCUCUCUUUGUAGUUCCUCUUUCUUGUGUCAACCCCCACUCCCCCCCCCCCCCCCCCCCCCCCCCCAACACCACCCCCUUUCUCUCUUUUGUCCACACAAAGACAAACACACACAGACACACACACACAUAUAGAAUCAUCCACCCUUUCUGUUAAAAUAUGUCAGGUGAGGAAUGACUACGGUAUGUGCUUGGUUCUACAGUUAUUUUAAGGUCUAUAUUAUUAUUAACAUGUUUUUAUCCAUGUGACCCAUGUAUUGCCAUGUUGUAUCACAAUAUGUUUUGUCCCAUGAGCCCAUUCCAUUCACAAUUCAAUCUACAAGUAAAUGUGUAUCCAUGGUGUGUAUCCAUGAUGUGUGUAGCCACGCAAAUACAUGUAUGUGGAUAUAUUCCAAUUGUAAAAUGAAUGCUUUUCUUUUCUGCAUACAAUAGUAGUCCUGUCACAUUCCCUCCAACCAAAGAUAUUCAUUAUCAUUUUAACAGUAUGAAAUAAUCAUGCUGCAACUACAGACCACAGAUCUCUAAGAGAAAGGGUUUCAUUUAUGAAGGAUGAAGGAUGUCCUAUUCUUAGAUAAUGCUACACACAGAAGGAGCAGGUUUCACUAAAUGACAACAGUGCCUCCUGGUGGACAGAUUUGUUGUUCACCAGUAUCGCCGAAUGUUAUUUAAUGUUAUCUCCAUAUAUUUGUUUUUAUAUGAUAAUUUGGAGACGUCUUAAAAAAGCAAUAUAUUUAUUUCCUGUGUUGCUGAUGAUGUAUUUAUUAUUGGAAUGGCUGUAACAACUUUAUAGUAACAUAAAUCAUCAAGAG